CAACGGAAGAAGUUAUCCUCUCUCAACUGCACUGACUACUUAGGCUGAACUGAGAUUGGCGGAGUUGCUUUGCGGAACAAAAGAUCGUUGAACUUGUAGCCUAUAGAAUCGACCAUCUUUACAAACUUGGAGUGUGAAGUUCCUCUUGUCUCUUCUUGGCAUGUAACGGUAAGUGAGCAGUGAGUGGCAUCAAGAUGGAAGCUUGCAUCCGACCUAGAGACAUUGAGAGGGCAGUGAUAAUCCCCUAUCCUACCUGUAAAUCGUGUAGUGAUAUUGCCUUCUGGAAAUUGAGGUGUUUGUCUUAUGGACCAUAAAUAUGGGAGUUACUUCCGUUCCGGAACAUGAAUUGUACCGACGGCUUCUGGCAAUAUCCGGCCCUGCGUUCAGAAAUACCAGUACUUUCAUAUUAAUUUCGCGACCUUUUCUUCUGCUCGUGGUUAAAUAAAUAGCUUGACUCAUACUUUAUUGCAGAAUUCCAUUGGGGGCAUCGUGACGCUCACCAGAGAUACACAAUAUGACAUCAAUAACAAAGCUACCAAGUGACAAAGCCAGUCCAACUAUUGAGGUUGAAUUUGGUGGCCACAAGGUUCAAGUUCCAAAGGGCGGGUACUACGAUCGCUAUGGCAUGAACCCAGACCUGGACGAGGUGGCCAAAGAUCCUGUUGUCGAAUCUAACCUCGACUUUUUCCGAGCCAUCCCCAAGAGUCUGGUCGAUUCAAGAGUCGGCCGCAUCUAUGCGCCAAACUUCUACUAUCGCACUUCCAGCAUCCAGCUCGCUUACAUUGCGCCACUUAACCGCUUACGGCCACGACUACCAGAGCCACUGGAGCCGCUGGUAGUUCUUCCCGGCUAUGGAAUGGUUGCCCUCACAUUUUAUGCUUACCAUGUCUGCGACAAUGACCCUUAUAACGAGGUAUCGAUAGCCAUCAUGGUGCGUCAGCCUGGCCAAAAGUCUUUCAGUACGACACAGCUGCUUCGCUCUGUCUGGGACCGAAAGUUCUUUGGCCAUGUCUUGGCUCUUCCUGUUAACACAGAGCUUGCUCGCGUUCGAGGGGUGUAUGGAUAUCAGCUCCCCAAAUGGCUCGCUAAUAUCGAUCUCACCAUGGAAGACGGCAAGAUCUACGGCCGUGUCACGGCAAUCGACGGAGCCGCUGAUCUGGAGCUAGAAGUCCCUCUCCCUCGUCUGAAGAAAAUCAAGCCAGAGUCUGCCAUCUCAACUAGUACCGCACUAGGCAAGAUAGACGGCAAAUUGUGUCAGGUAGUCGUAAGAACCAAUCCACUUCUAGCCGCCCAGUCUCUGCUUCCAAGGGGUGUUAAGCUUUCGCGGAGUGAUGGCCCGCUAAGCAGGCUUCUCAACGAGCUGGAGAUCUCAACCAUUGUCCGAGCGGAUAUUCUCAAGGAUGCUCAAAUGGUGUUGCAUAUGCCGACGCCGCUGGAGCGCUUAUAAAGCGCACCCAGAUUGGUGUUUGAAAAACGAUGUAAUUUUGACUUGUGUACACAGCCUA